CUUGCACAGCUGUCUGAUGCCCAACACAUCGGCCUCGGCAGGGGUGUGAACAUUGUGAUCGCUGAGGCCUCCGGCCUUGGCCACCAGAAGAGCAAGCGGGCAGCCUCCGAAGUCUGGGUCUCCGAUGGCGCCGGCGCCGGCGCCGCCCAACUCGCCGCUCCCCGGCCUGACCUGCCUUCGAGGCCGUUCCGUCUGGGGCGGACGGAUCCAGUCUGGACAGGUCCGCAGCUUCCGCUGCCUCAGGAGCCGUCGUCUGCCCGGUCGCCCCGAUUCCAGCCCCACCAAGCUCAUCUCGGCCCGACUGGGCCGUCACGACCGGUCGACGACGGCGGUCUGCAGACGCGACUCGAACUGCGGACCCCACUGUCGCCUGGGCCGAGGAGUUGGCCGGCGCCGGACGACCGAUCGAGUCGGCCGGUGGCCGGCUGGAACAUCAGUCGGACGGGACAGAUUUCCGCGGCCGCUCAAAGUCUGUCCGCAGAGUUGGCCAUCGUGGGGCAGCACUGCUUUCGACUCAACUACCUCACAGACCGGCUUCUUGGUGAGCCUUCUCGAGGCUUCAGGAAACACUUUAUAGAAGUGAUCCGACCUCGUUUCACCACUUUCCUCGUGUCCUCAUAG